UAUUUGUUAUCGCUGAUAAAAAAGACAAACAACAUUGUGUACACUAAGCUAUCCUAAAGAUAAAGCUCUCCUGACACAAUGUCAUUUAAUUACUUAGUCCUAUUCCUUACGACAGUUUCCCUGGUCUCUGGAUACCAAAACUAUACAAUUAUUACAAGACUUGGAAAUGUUAAUGGCUUAGUUAUUCCUACAACAGAGGGUGAUAUCUUCAGAUUCACAGCCAUUCCUUUUGGCAAAGCACCAGUUGGUAGCCAACGUUUUCUCAAACCUCAAGCAUAUGGUUCCUGGAACAGAACAUUUGACGCUACUAAACUUGGUCCUGCUUGCAUGCAGUCAUAUACCGGCGCUAUUAUAUAUGAUAAUAAUUUAUCGGAAGACUGUCUCCAUUUGAAUAUAUAUGUUCCGUAUAAUAUAUCUAAAGAUGUGAGAAGAAGUGUUAUGGUUUAUAUUCAUGGCGGGGGAUACAUGACUGGAUCAGGUAUUUCAUACGAUGGCUCUAGGAUAGCCUCCCAUGGAAAUGUAAUUGUUGUGACAAUAAAUUACCGAUUGGGUAUGUUUGGAUUUCCAUCUUUGCAGAACUCUGAAGUUGUUGAAAACGUCGGAUUGUGGGAUCAGAUAUUAGCUUUGAAAUGGAUCAAAGACAACAUAGAUGAUUACGGUGGAGACGCGUCUAAUAUUACAAUAUUUGGGGAAUCAGCUGGAGGAUUUGCUGUCAAUUUUCUGAUGCUUAUACCUCGUAACAAGGGUCUUUUCCAUCGUGCAAUCAUUCAAAGUGGCACAGCCAACGCAUUGGUUGCUUUAAAAAAAUCAUCCGUUGUUGGACGCCUGAUAGGAAAGAACUCUGGUUGUAACGAUCAAGACCAAUCGAUGUUCUUACGAUGUUUGCGAUAUCUGGACGCAGGUUUCAUUGUCAACAAAACUGAUGAAUAUUCUGCAAAUCUUGGCAUUGACAUUUUGUCUGAAAUUGUAUUUACCCCAGUACUAGAUGGUGACUUACUACAAAGAACACCUAUGGAAUUAAUUAAAGAUAAGUCUUCGAAAGAAUAUCAGUUCUUUGAAUCAAUUGACUUAAUAGUAGGUAACUGUGAUAUGGAAGGGGCAUAUGUCGUUCCCUUAGGUAAAGCAUUCGAAACAAAAUUUAGUUUCAAUAUAUCAGACGGAAUUCCAAAGCAAUUUCUUUGUGAUGGGCUAAUACCAAGAAUUGUUCAAAAUUACUAUGAAAAUAGUUCAUCCAUUUCUGAUCUUCUAUGUCAAGAAUAUACAAGUGAAGACAAAACUGCUCAAAGUUUAUAUGUUGUUCAUUUUUUGACGGAUUUUGUGUUUAUUGCACCAGCUGUGGACCUUUUACAGUCCCAUGCCUCAAGCAAAUCCUCCUCCACAUAUCAAUUUAUAUUUUCGGAGGACCUGCGGUUGUUUUAUCCAAAUCUGCCGUCAUGGUUUCAUGGGGCGGGGCAUGCAACGGAGCUGAUAUUUCUCUUUGAUGCCAGAAAUAUGACAGUUACCAAUUUUACUCUAUCUGCGAAGCAGACAUCCUUCUCAAAACAACUCAUUGAGUACUGGACAAAUUUUGCAAAAACGGGAAAUCCAAACGGUCCCAACAAAGCAGACUGGCUGCCUUAUCGAAGUGGUACAGAAUCAUACAAACAACUGAGCAUAAGGAAUAUGACGAAUGGAAACCAUUACAGAAAGGACUAUGUCAAACUGUGGAACACGAUCGACGCUUAUAAAUUCCCAACGUCAGCGGGAGCAAAUAUGCAAUCUAGAAUUGGAUUUAGUUUGGUUGUGUUUCUUUAUGCUUUUAAAUUGUUUACGUAAACUUCCUUAGCCUGUUUAUUGUAACACUGACAGUAGUAUAAUUCAAAACAUACAACUGCCAAAGAUACAAAACUGUUUUUCCUAUUUUUUGUAAACCGUUUUCUGCAUAAUAUAUUUUAUAUAAAAUGACA